AUGAAAAUCUUCCUCAAAUGCAUAAUUAGUCAUCGUGCUGUGGAAAGACACACUAACAGGGAGCAUCUCUCCUUUUUCCCCAGAGUUAAUGUGGGUUGUGGCCCUGCAGAGGAGCGGGUGUUAUUAACAGGAUUACAUGCGGUUGCAGAUAUUUACUGUGAAAACUGCAAAACCACACUGGGUUGGAAAUAUGAACACGCUUUUGAAAGCAGCCAGAAGUAUAAAGAAGGCAAAUACAUCAUUGAACUAGCUCACAUGAUCAAGGAUAAUGGCUGGGAUUGAAUGGAAAGAGCCCAGCCCUACCAGCGUGUAAGAGAAUGCCAUCCAACCGAACAUUAUAUCCAAGAGUGAGAGAGUGACUGAACGCUUGGUUCCAUGCAUUUAGAGGCUCUGCAAUUUGGGAGCAUCUUCACACCCUUCUCCAUCUUUAUUGGUGACUGGCCUCUAAAUUUCUGUCUCUCUGUCUCUUUGCUUUGUAUCUGUUUGUGAGUUGACCCUGGCUGCUUCUCUCUCUGUUCUGGCGUUGGCUAAGAGAAUGCACCGAAUGCCCGACAGCCAUUCCAUGUUGACGAAUGUUUAAGUACAAACUGAAGUUGGCUCUGUGGUGGCAUUUGAUCAGAAGGUCUCGGUGCGGGAGGAAGACACGAGUUUUUGGGCAGGAGAAGGUGAUAGGGGGUGGGGAGUGGGCCCAAAGGGAAGUCAUCAGAAGUCGAAACUGUACUUCUCCUUUAAGUCCUGGUUAACCAAGGCUUGAAACUAUCUACUUGUCUAAAUGGACAGAAAAAUACCUCACGGCUGCGUUCUCUCCGAAUCGUAAAACCGCUGCUCCACCGUUGGAGCUUCAGUCUAAGCCGGCUGAGCACAAGUCGUAAGCAGUUCCCCCCGCAAGCUAAUUGCAAAUCUGUGUUUUGUUUGCUGUUUAUGAACUUGUUGUCUUGGGGGGGGGGAGGGGGGGACACACACGACCUGAAGGUUGGAGAGAUUCCCUGCCUCUCCUUUUUCUCGCUGUUUCAGGGUAGGUAGGCCGAACAUCCCAACAGAGCACAGCUGUGGGGAGCAUCCUCACAGCUGGAGAAACCAAAUCCUGACUCUUGAGCCCUUUCAGAGAGGAGGAGAAAACCGCUUAAGGCACGAUGGGGCUGGAGCUGCAGCUUAGAAGAGAUGACAGGUGAAAAAAAAGGCACGUGAUAGGCAAGGAAGAGGAAAUUACGUAGAGGAGGACGGGGACAAACUUAGUAAAGCAGGGUACCCCUUGAUUUCUCAGCCUCCACUGAGCAUCCUUGGGGGUCUUUUACCAAUCCUUUACAAGCACGAGUAAGAAAAUGCUGUUACAGAAUCUUUUUCUUAAAUCCCAGGCCCCAGCCAUCAGCUCUGCUCGUGGAGCCUGGCAGAGCAAUGGUGCGAGAGUGGGGAGAGGAGGGAGCAGAGGAGCCUGGCGGUUGUAUUGCACAGGUGGAUAUUUCAAGCCAUGAGGUAUCCUCCCCAAAACCUUCCCCGCUUUUCCCAGCCCCAGAAGCCUGUUGCAGGCACGGGGGGAAUGGGAAAGAAAAAAAAACACAACUAAACAUCUUCCCCCUACCCCUGAAAUUGUCUUUGCCUUGGAGUUUAAAGGGGAGGGGUAGAUGUGGGCAUCAUAACUGCAAGGGACAAGUCCUUCCCAUUUUAAGUUUUUAAUUUUAAUUAUUGUGGACCUUCCCGAAGUGGUUGGUGAGGAAGGGGCAUCGAGUGUGAGAGGGGAGCUGCGUUAGACGUAAAUGACAAUGUGAAGUUUGCUCUGCAACAGUCCAGCCAGUAUCUGGUGCAUAACUCAAAGACUAUUUAACGGAAUUAGUUUUAUUUCUCUGAGUGAAUUUUAUUUUUGUUUGUGGAAUUCUUUCAAGUAGGUUAAUCCACUGGGGGAAAAUCUUUCUUAAUCCAGAAGGAAAGAGUAUUGUGCAGGGGUUUGUAACUCCUUAUGAAACCCAAGCUUUGGAGCUGUAAUCUGUUGUCACUUGCCCCCACCCUCAAGAUACUCUCAGUUUGCUGUGGGACUGGGACGGGGGGCUGGUGGUGAGAAAGUCAUUUGCUGAUAAACGAAGGGGAUGUGAGCAGAGACGCUACUUAUGGAUCAGGGUGGACCUUCCAUGUUGGCUCUUUGUGUGGAAACCCAAACCUGAUGGCCCAUCUAAGCAAAGGCUGGUUUUCCUCUUGAGCUGCUGUUCUUUACAACCUUGGAGAGGGAGGUGAGGUGGGGUCUGGCCACGGUUCCUGCCUGGAUGAGGUUGGCUGGGUUUGUGGCUGGUCUGCUGGGAGGUGGCUUCUGCCUUCACCCUGUCUGCUCUGGCUGCGUAACAGCUGCUUCAGCUUUCAUUUCUGAUCGUCUUGCUUCCAUCAUCCGCAUUCCCUUCAGGGAUAAAAAUCCAGUAGAAAUCAAAAACUCUACAGCAGGCACUAUCUUGUUGGCUUUGGCAGUGGCCUGGUCCCAUUUUCCUGACCUUUGGCUGGUGAUCCAUGGCAAUUCAUUAGGUUUUGGCUAGUGGGAAGUAAUCUGCAAUUCUUUGAAGAGCUCUCCAGUCUCCCCAGAUACAUAGCAUUUAAAGGGCUUCGUUUGGAGCUGGGAGAAGUAAGGGAGAAUCCCAAAUGAUUAAUAUGAGAGAACUCCAAAUCAUUAAUAUGAGAGAACCCCAAAUCAUUAAUAUGAGGUUAAGAAAAAAGAGCACACAGGGGCUCCUGGGUUUAUGUUGGUAUUUAGAGUGAUUGCCUUUAAAAAGCGAUAUAAAAGGCAGGCCUGUCUAGAGGACUGCUCUCAAAAAUAAGAACAGUUACUCCAGGGAGCUACCAGAUGUGUUUUUAUCCAUCUAUUUGGGACAGGAAAGGAUGAUGAUCCAUCAGAUUGGGCUGUUUUUAACUGUUCACAGAGGUUACGCUUUUAAUGGCAACCAGUCUAAGCCCAAAUAUGGCAAGAUCUUAAUCUGGUUUUAAUUGGUUUUGUCCCAUCAGCAUCCACAGACUCAUACUUGCUGAGAAUCUGGCCUCAAGCCCUGAUACGAAAAUAAUAUGUGUGCCUGUGAAUGUCCCCAACACCCAGAGAAUUAUCUCUAGAGUGACUUUAAUCCACUGGACAGGGAGAUUAGGAAAAAUGGGUUUGUGAGGCUCAUUGGCGUUUGUUCUCUGCUGUGUGUCCAUUAAAUAUGAAGUACUUCUCAGUCUGCUGCUAACUCCUCUGUGACUCGCUGUAUUAAGCCACGUGACAGUAUUGGGAGCUGGUGACCAGGCAGGGUGAUGAGAUCUACGUGCCGGUGGCUACCACAAUCAGCCCAGGCUAAAUUGGUGACUGGGUAGAGUGAUAUAUUCCAAGCAUAACCAAAGAACCUCACUCUCUGCAUCCCUCUGCUCCUGGGAGUUGAGUGUAGCCCGUUCGUUAGUGACUGGGGUGAGCAAGGUGGGACAGUUGGAGAUGUGGCCCAUGGAAACUGCCUCCUUGGGCAGCCACCAAGC